AUGCCCGAAAUCAAAGCGACGGCUCUCGAGGCUCUACGGAGUAACCUCAAGGCCGCAACAAUCUACACACCUGAAUCAGAGGGUUACAAAGAUGUCCUAGUCCGCUGGUCCGACACUGGAAUGAAAUAUGCGGGUGUCGUAGUCCAACCCACUGAAGCGUUGGACAUCUCGGCCACGCUGUUGUGGGCACAGCAGCAUAGUGUUGAUCUUGCUGUGAAAUGUGGAGGUCAUUCAGUCGCUGGCACAAGCUCAAGUGAGGGAGGUCUGGUGAUUGACCUGUCGCGCAUGAACCAAGUGACGGUGGAUACCGAGCAGAAGACUAUCACCGCCCAAGGUGGAGCGACCUGGAAGGAAGUCGACGAAACCGGUGCAGCCCACGAUUUGGCGGCCGUGGGGGGGACCGUGAACCACACCGGCGUCGGAGGACUCACGCUAGGGGGUGGUUAUGGCUGGCUGAGCGGAGAGUAUGGCCUUGCUAUUGACAAUCUCCUAUCGGCGACCGUCGUUUUAGCCGAUGGUCGUAUUGUCACGGCCUCUGCCACCGAGAAUGUCGACCUGUUUUGGGGAUUGCGAGGUGCAGGAUACAACUUUGGCGUUGUGGCAGACUUCACCUACCAAGCCCAUGACCAGAAAGACCCAGUGUAUUCUGGCCUCCUUGGAUUCGCUCCUGAUAAGCUGGAAGGAAUUAUCGAGGCUUUGAAUGAAUCCCUCGCCAAUCCUGACUCUCGCUUUGGUGCGAUUUGCAGUUUAACGAUGGCGCCAGAUGGAUCGGGGCCGAUGGUCAUUGUGAUUGGCUUUUUCAAUGGUCCCCGCGAGGAAGGCCAAAAGAAAUUCGCUCGCUUCACAGCCCUUGAGCCGGUUUUGAACACCCUUGAUAUGAUCCCAUACUCUAUGGUAAACGCUCUACAGAACCCCGUUGUGACAUACGGUGAUCGAAAGUCUUUUAAAGGUAUUUUCUACGAGCCGCCACUCGAUCCUCAAUUUGCGAGGGUGAUCUUCAAUGACUUCAUAGCCAAGAUUGAGAGUGAACCAGAUCUCAAGGCGUCUGCCAUCAUCCUCGAGUUUUUUGAUAUGCGCAAGAUUUGCCAAGUGCCGCUGACCGCAACCGCGAUGGCAAGCCGAAAUUCGACUCAGAAUGGCAUCGUUUUUCUAAGAUGGACCGACUCAUCCAAAGAUCUGGAGCAUCGCGCUUGGGCACGAGAAGCCCAGUCCAAGUGGAAAGUGGAAUUGGAUGCCAGAACCAAAGACCGGGGUGUGGAUUUGGACGUUCCUCAGUACAUCAACUACGCAGAACCGGGUGACUCGGUGGUAAGCAAUAUCUACGGCGUGAACCUCGAGAGACUGGAAGAGGUGAAGUCGAAGUACGACCCAAAGAACGUUUUUCACAAAAUGCAGCCAAUUUCAAAGGGCGCAUCCUUAGGCAAGAAGGAAUAG